CCCACAGCCAAGGCAGGCAGGCAGGCAGGGGCAGUGAGGCAGAGCUGGGGAAAACUCCGAGUUUCUGUCCCGUCUCUCCACAUCCAGCCACAAACCAUGUUGCUGCCCAGACAGCUCCCUUUGCUCCUCUAUGUGGGUCUUGUGAGCGGGUUUUACCCCAACCACGAAUCGGGGGGCAUUGCUUCAAGUGAUUUCACAGAUGCCGACAUCACAGAAAAGGGGGUGUUGCAGGCUGUCGCCUGGUUCAUGGAGAAGAACCCUUUGCCUGGAAGACGUCUCAUGAAUCCAGGAGAACUCAAGGACAAGAACCCAGUGGAACUAUUUAAGGCCCACUUUGAAGCUGACGUCUCUCCCCGUCGAUUCCAAGAAGCUCUGAAGACAAUUAUUGAUGGGAAUAAUCAAAUAGAAGCUGCUCACAUAGAGGACAGCAGUUACUUCUUCCACUGUGAAGAGAUUAACAAAAGUAUCCGUCAAUUUCGAAUUCUGAGGGAUACAAUGUUUGCUAAUCUGAAAGAACCAGUGAGUUCAGCAGCUCUGGACUUAGCUCGGCUUAGUGCUGGGAAAGCCCUCCAUAUCCUCCAGAAAUUCUACAGCAACACCAACUGGAUUGAAAUGCGGAACACGGAUCCAUAUGAAUAUCUGUUGAAUGAAGAUGCUGACAUGGAGCCUGUCACCCCUUCUUCCAAGCCAACUUGUAGAGACUGUACUAAAGAACCAAGCGGCCAGUACUCGUGCAUGGAUAACAUACUAGUUAAUAACAUGCUCACAAGCGGGUACAAAUUAUCGGCAACCUGCAAGGAAAAAAUUCAAGGCAAAUGUGGACAUGGCGGGAAAAACGACGUGACCCAAGAUAUCUACCCCGCUGGAGGAAUCAAUAAAGAGACGUCUGACCCCCUGCUCUCCCCUCAUUUCUAUUUGCACAAGGAAGCAGCUCAAGUGGCCAUAGAAGCCACAAAGAAUUUUUUUGUAAGAGACGAUGCUAGUCUUCUGAGUCAGACGAAUCAAAAGAUUUUCGAGAAAUUUUUCAACUUGGAAGGCUACUCCCUUACCUUCGUGAUCGACACCACUAGCAGCAUGGCUGAGGAUAUUGCCCAAGUCAAAGUCGACUGCCUCAAAAUCCUCCGGAAUUAUUCCACCUCUCCAGAUGCCCCCCACAACUACAUUCUUGUGCCUUUCAACGACCCAGAUGUUGGUCCAGUCCAUAAGACUCAGAAGGUGGACGUGUUUGAGUCCUAUAUCAGUUCCCUGUCUGUUAAUGGAGGUGGGGAUUGCCCAGAAAUGUCACUGAGUGGUUUGAAGUUGGCUUUGGAAGAGAGCUUACCAAGAUCCCAAAUCUACAGCUUUACUGAUGCUGGAGCCAAAGAUGAAUUCCUGAAGGACGACAUCAAACGUCUGUGUGAAACCACCGGGUCCACAACACACUUCAUUCUCACAGACUAUUGUGCUCCAACAACACGCCGAGGACUUGCUAAGAGGAAUGCUGGAGCUUCUAGAAGACAUUAUGACAACAUUUAUGAAGAAUUAGCAUCCUUUUCUGAUGGCUACUAUGUGCAGACUACCAGAAACAGGCUUUCUGAGGUCCUUGGCAUAGUAGAGAUGUCCAUGAAUGCUGCCCUGGUUAAAAUAGCCCAUGAUUAUGUGGAUGGGUCUGAGUUCUCCUUCCCGGUGGAUGAAUCUCUCUCUGAAAUAUCGAUCUCAAUCAAGAGCAGGAAUUUGCUUGCAUGGUCCAUUUUCAGCUUUAAUAUCUUUCAGCCUUCAGGUGACCCACUGCCAAAACCUCAUAUGAUAAUUGACACAAACAAUCACAAGGUCGUGAAGGUAUCUCCUGUCCCUCAGCAAGGUCGGUGGACUCUGUCGAUGACUCCCAGUGGUUCUUAUGAGGUAGAGAUUAGAGGCAAGAGUUUGCUUGACUUUACUUACCAGCUAAUGCAGAAGCAGGAUGACUACAUGCUUCCAAUCCAAGGACGACCUGUGGAAGGAUCAAACUAUACCAUCUCCAUGAAGAUACUGGGACCAGACAAAGGAGCCCAGGUCCAGAGUCUGGUCAUUUCUGAUGGACUAGGAGGUCCUAUUCACUCCAUCCUUUUAAACCAAACAUCCGAUGCCCUUGGCAAUAUCUUGGUCUUUGCCCCUGUUCAUCUGGAUACACCGUCUCCAAUGCUGAAAGUACAAGGCCUGUCUCCCAGCGACCUGCCCUUCUCACGUCUCAACAUCGAUCCCAUCCAUGUGGAGUCAGUGCAGAUUCUGCCCCUGGCAAACCAAAACAGUACACUGUUGCCCGGUGGGAGCCUAGAGGUCUCCGUCCAGGUGGUGAAUUAUGGAUCAGCUGCAACAUUCACUUUUGAAGUCUGGGAUGUCCUGGGCUUCACACAGAGCUUUAGACCAAAAAAGCGUUUUCUGGCAAAAGGAGGGAGCACCAAUCUCAUUGCAACCUUUGUGGCACCUGUCAAGAGCACCAGCUUUGCCUCAAGCCUGGUAAUAUUUACAGCUAAAAGCAGCUCAAGUCAAAACUACCGGACGCUGCCCAUCACUGUCAUUCCCAAAACAGCCUUGGAAACUGAAAAGAACCCACCAGUCUAUCAGCCUCUCAAAUUCUCUAUGCCUUGUGGAGCUGACAGCCAGCACAGACCCAACUGCUUUCAGCUCGUCUGGCGCUUGAGGUUUUCUGCUGAGGAUGCGGAAGCUGCUGUUACUGUCCAGAUCAACCCAAAUCCCGGUGGUUUAUCUUGCCAGCCAGCAGAGGCGGAUAACAAGAAGAAGCUCAUCUGUGACUAUAAGUCAAACUGCUGUUCUCCUUUAGCAGAGCUCCUGAUCACUGAUGGGAACGGAAACAUGAAGAAUAUCACAGUGGAUCACAACAUGCAGCCUUCCACACCAGCCUUCUUCUGAAUUUUUGCUACUGUAUGGUAGAAUCAGCAACUAGAUGUCCAGAAGGCUAACCAUGGCAUGAACUUCAUCAAUACUUUGAGAGAACCUCAGAUUUUCCUCAGUAUCAUCUUGAAUACUAUCCAACCUAAUGGGCCAAUCAUCCAGCGCUACCUGUACAUCAAUAAUCACUUUAUCUUGUCUAUCCAUUUGGUUUUCUUGAUGAUUUAUCAUUCUCCUGUGCAAUAUGAGAUGAUGCCUUUGCUGUUGUCGCUCAGGUGAUUGUCUGCCCCCAACAUCUUCCUACAGUAUAUCACUGCUGCUGUCCAAUACGAGUGCCUGCUUACAGGUAGUCCUCAUUUAACAACCAUACAUUUAGUGAUGGUUCAGACUUACUGUGCUGGAAAAACCAACUUACGACCAGUCCUCACACUUACGACUGUCACAGCAGUCACAUGACCACAAUUUGGGCACUUGGCAACCAGUUCACAUUUAUGACUGUUGCAGCUUUCUGUGGUCACGUGAUCGCCAUUUUCAACCUUCCCAGCCGGCUUCUGGCAAGCAAAAUCAAUGGGGAAAUGUGAUUCACUUAAUGACCAUGUGGUUUGCUUAACACCCGCAAUGAUUCACUUAAUGGUUGCUGCAAAAAGGUCAUGAAAUUGGGUCAGAUUCACUUAAUGACUGCUUCACUUAGCAACCAAAAUUCUGGUCCCGGUUGUGGUCGUUAAGUGACUACCUGUCAUUAAGUGACUACCUGUACUUAACUGGACAGCUGGGAUGAUCUUCACACCUUGGGUGACCCUGCUGGGAAUAUAUACUCUUGACAUCCACUCCCACUGUCCUUCACUCAUCCCGCCCACCCCCAAUCUGCCACAGUGAAGCAACAUAGCAGAACUUGGGGAUGCUGUGAAAUGCCAUGUUUUUUGAUACAGAAAUGUCUCUGUCCCUGUCUUUCUCUCUUCCCUGGCAGACAUGCUGAAUCACAGGUAGAUCCUGAAAUAUGCUUGGUUUCGUUUCUAGUUUCUUGGUACUAUUUGUCCCAAGAAGAUUGUCCUGUCCAGAGGCCAAAGUCCUAAAUGGAAAUAAUCUGACCACAUAGGCCAUUUCUAUUACACACAGAGCCAAAUGAAAUAGAUGUCAGAGUAUACAUAUUGGUAACAGAUCUGAUAGUAAUAUAAAUCUGUCCACACAGACUGAUUGAUUAGAAAGAUCAGAAUUUUGAUAUCAUGCGUCAAGAUGCCUUGGGUGGAAAUGUUCAACACGCAGAACUCAGCCAGUGUUGAAAAAACUAAGCUGCUUCAGGAGGGACAGACCAGCCUCCUCCUCCAAAUGUUGACACCAAGUUCUAAUGUAACUGUAUGGAAAUAUUAUUAAAUGCAUGGAUAAUAUUUAAUUGCUUUACUGUAAUUUUAAUUUAAUUAAAUUUCCAGUUAAAUCAA